ACUGCACACCAUCGCCGAGCCUGUCCCAGAGUAAGAGAGGGGAGGGAGGUCAACAUGGGCUCCAGCUCCUCCUCCUAUGCCCCUAAGACCAUCUACCUGGAUGUGGAUGGAAAAGUGCAAAAGGUGGUGUUCAGUCGUCACUGCAGUCCAUGUGACAUUAAGGAACUACUCUGUUCCUCCUCCAACAUCCCCAGGAAUACAGCGAUCAUGGUGGUCAACCCGGAGGGGGCUUUGGUGUCUAUAGAUCCUACUAUGCCCACCAACUCUCCUAACUCAUUGUACAAGGUGGUCCCACUAUCCACCGGUCAACUUGGAGAGAAAGAGGACAUGUUUCAGAACGUGUUGUCCCAGGUUGCUGAGCAGUUUAGCAGGGCCUUCCGUAUUAAUGAACUGAAAACCGAAGUCACCAACAGGCUGGCUAUGCUGGAGAAGAGAGUGGAGCUGGAAGGCCUUAAAGUGGUAGAGAUUGAGAAAUGUAAGAAUGAUUUAAAGAAGUUACGAGAUGAGAUGACUUCCAGAGGGGGUGGAAGAGUGAACUGUGCAUGUAAAUACAACUUUGAUGAUGGCAAAAAGGUCACUCCUCGGCGAGAUGUCCCUAACUAUCCAAAGUACACACUGUCUCAGGAGACAGUGGAGGCUCUGAAGAAACCUACUUUUGAUGUGUGGCACUGGGAACACAAUGAGAUGCUGAGCUGUCUGGAGUACAUGUAUCAUGACCUGGGUCUGGUGAAGGAGUUCAACAUGAAUCCCAUUACACUGAAGCGUUGGCUGCUGGCCAUUCAGGAGAACUACCGUAACAAUCCCUUUCACAAUUUCCGUCAUUGUUUCUGUGUUAGUCAGAUGAUGUAUGGCAUGAUUCAUCUUUGCAAUCUCCAGGAGAAACUGACUCUUACAGACAUGGGUAUUCUUAUGACAGCUGCUGUUUGUCAUGACCUGGACCACCCCGGCUACAACAACACGUACCAAAUCAAUGCACGCACAGAGCUGGCAGUGCGUUACAAUGACAUCUCACCUCUGGAGAACCACCACUGUGCUGUGGCUUUCCAGAUCCUCUCUCUACCUGAGUGCAACAUCUUUGCAAAUGUGGAUCCUGAGGCCUUCAAACAGAUUCGACAGGCCAUUAUAACACUGAUACUAGCUACUGACAUGGCCAGACAUGGAGAGAUACUAGACUCCUUCAAGCAAAAAGUGGACAACUUUGACUUCACCAAUGAAGAGCAUGUGACAUGUCUCAAGAUGGUUUUAAUCAAGUGCUGUGAUAUUUCCAACGAGGUCAGGCCCACAGAGGUUGCUGAGCCCUGGGUUGAUUGCCUUUUGGAAGAGUAUUUUAUGCAGAGUGACAGAGAGAAGUCUGAGGGCCUGCCUGUGGCACCCUUUAUGGACAGAGACAAAGUAACAAAACCCACAGCUCAAAUUGGGUUCAUCAAAUUUGUUCUCAUCCCGAUGUUUGAGACCGUCAUGAAGCUUUUCCCACAGAUUGAAGAGAUCAUGGUUCAGCCUUUGAGAGACUCUCGUGAUCAUUAUGAAGAGCUGAAACAAAUCGAUGAUGCCAUGACAGAGGGGUCUUUUGUCAAAGCCCUGAAGAAGUGAUUGGGACGUCGGUUUCAGCGGCUCGGUGCUCUGCGUGGUGAAAAUGGUGAGGAGAGCAGGGGCGCGCAACAAGAGACUGCUUGGCUACAUACUGAACUAAAGUUAGCAAUCAAGGUGGCAUGUCUUGAACUUUGACUUAGACUUUUGCACUGGAUGUAACAGAGAGCGACCUGCUGGCCUCUAUAUUUAUGGUGUUCCUGCUGUAUUUGUUUUAUAGCACAGAAAGGUUGGAAAGGCCCAGUUGUUCUAAAACAGAUUUGACUUGGAUGGUCAUGUCUAUGUAGAUGAAUGCAGCAAUAGAUUUGUACUAUUUGAUUAUUAAGACCAAUGUGGGGGGUGUUUUAGCUCCACUGUAGCAAUAAGUAAUAGGUCACUGUUUGCGCACAAUGAACACAAUGAAUAAAGUGCAGGUAUAUAAAUAUAUUGAUAUGGCCCUGUCUAACUAAUGUGAGACAAGAGCAAUAGUAUGAACAAUACCCUUUCUGCUGUGCAAAAAAAUGGCAACAAAACAAUUGAAAUGAGCGAUACCAUAUAAUACAUGAUAUUCUUUAUGUCCCAUAUUUUUUCAACCCUUGUCUUGAUUGAUAUACAGUUUAUUGCCACAUUUAGUCUCCAGGGCUUAAAUACCACUAUGUGUUGAAAUGAACCCACAGUCAUUUAACGGUGUACCACCCAAAGGUGCCAUUAUUUAGGUUUUAUAACACGCCCCUCUAACGGGUGGGUGCCUUGGAGCAAUGUAACUGCUGGGUGGUUUCCCUUCAGCGAUUUUGUUUUUAUCACUGUGUUUUUGGCUGCAUGUUGCAGAGUUACUAUUGCCUCACAUGGUGGCCACAUAUUACCUUUUACCACCAACAAUGAGUAAAUGACUCACAAGCG